AUGGCAUGGGCUCCCAUGAUGAUUAGUAUCAUAGCAUUGCAUGGCGAGCAUGGUCGAAACGACGACGAUGUGAACACAGACCAAGUCUCCCACUCUGCUAUACCACAUCUUGGAGAGACUAAGAAGAAUAGGUCGCAAAUUUUCCAAGAGCUACCUCAAGCCAUAAUGUCCGAUCCCGAAUGGAACGAUACACCCGCACUCAUUCUGUACUUACUAGGUAGGUACCGUACACAAGGCAAGUCUACCGAGAACACCUAA